AUGGUGCAGCAGGCCGUGCAAGGCUCUUCAGCUGUGUAUGCCAAAGAGAUGGAGAGGCUCUCUGCUAAAGAAUCUCUACUUCUUGCUUUCAAAGAUGCCGGGGGAUUUGGGGCAUUGGUCACUGGAAAAACAACCGAAAUGCAAAGAAUUGAUGUGAAUGAGAGAAUUGUUGGCCUUGAGAGGCUGAGUCCUACGCCUCGACCAACGACAUCACCUUAUUUGGAAGGCCGGUGGAAUUUUGAGUGGUUUGGAUCGGGAAGCUUGGGGUUCAUUGCAGCUCGUUUUCUGUUUGAGAGGUUCCCUCCCGAGUUGGCAAAUUUAUUGAAAGUGGAUGUGGUGAUCAAGGAUGGAUACACGAAAGUUGCAGCAAGUUUAAAAUUAUUAAACUCGAUAGAAAGCAAAUUCAUCGUCUCUAGCAAACUAUCCGUGGAGGGACCCCUUCGGAUGAAAGAGGAAUAUAUUGAAGGGUUAUUAGAAUCCCCAAAAGUUGACGAAGAAUCUGUACCUCAGCAACUAAAAGGUGCUUUAAGUCAGGCAGCCACCACCGUUCAACAGCUUCCGGUUCCUAUUAAGGACAUUCUAGUCGGUGGAAUGAAGGUCCCUCUUGGUGGGACACUUGAGAGAUUAUUCAUGAUUUCUUAUCUUGACGACGAGAUCCUGAUAAUAAGGAAUACUGCCGGGAUCCCAGAAGUACUCACCAGAUUAGACCCUGGACCAUCAUCCGUGGUAUGA